AUGACUGUGUACGGCGAAGUCGCACCUGGGUUCGAACCUGUUCAUCUUGCAUUUGCCAAAGGCCAAGCGCUUGACCCUGGUGGGGCUCAACUGGCCGUUUACCAAGGUGGUGUCAAGGUCGUCGAUCUCUGGACCGGUAACGAUCCGAUUCGGGGACGGGCGUACGAUGCCAACGGCUUCGGUAUACUUAUGUCAGCAACAAAGGCAUUGACCGCAACCGUGGUGCAUCUGCUUUCCGAGCGAGGCGACAUCGACAUCGACGCUCCGGUAUGCAACUACUGGACGGAGUUCGCCCAGAACGGCAAGAGCAACAUCACGAUUAAGAUGGUCCUAAUGCAUACGUCUGGCUGCUGUGCGUUCCCCGUCGAGUCCGGCAUAGUUGUCCGUGAGGUGCUGGAUUUGCCACGAGUCAUUCGCUGUCUAGAAGAGAUGGCGCCAUUUUGGGAACCUGGAACACGAAUGUUGUACGCGCCAUACACAUACGGCUUCAUCCUGGGUGAAGUUGUGCAUCGGAUCACGGGCAAGACGAUUGGCACGGUCUUUAGAGAGGAGAUCGCUUCUCCCCUUGAUCUUAAUCUCUGGAUUGGUGGAUUUCCGGAAGACAAGGAAGCUGCCUUCGUCCCGAGCAUGCCGCGAAUCCCGCAGUUUGCAUCGCCUGACAAAUCAGGUACGGGGUCGAACCCGGUGCCUUCCCAGCCCGUUCUCGACAUGAGCAACCCCCUCGUGGCAGCGUAUGUGGCUCCGCUCAGCACUACCGACACGCCAGCCUUCCUUAACACGCGUGAAGCACAUGUUGCGGAGAUCCCGGCAGCGAACGGGAUCGGAGAUGCACGAAGCCUCGCGAAGUUCUACGCGCAUCUUAUUGGCGAAGUAGAUGGCAAGCCGCGGAUUCUCAAGAAGGAAACCUUGCAACGUGUGACGAAGACGCAGACGGACGGAAUACCUACGGCCAGCCCCUUUGAACUGCUGUAUAAGCUGGACAGCUUUCGCAUUGCCCUUGGUUACGAGAAGAGAUGUCAAAGUGGCCAGCCAAUGAUUGGGGAAAGCAGUUUCGGCCACGCGGGGUCAGGCGGUCGAUUGGGAUUUGCAGACAUCGAGUCUGAUUUAGCGGUCGCAUACAUUUGUAAUAACCCGCUAUGGACCUUUGGGACCCCGGAUUCCAGAUGGAUGCCCUGGAUGGAAGAGCUCCAGAAGAUAGCGUUGGAAGGCACAAAGUAACCGCAAGUUUGUUGAUUCCAGAACUUUUAUAGCAAGAAAAUGCAGGCCGGCGACUUGGCUCUGAAGCAUGUCGGGCCGAUAGUCUGAUCCAACCAGAGCCUCGCUCAGAAAGGCAAAAAGUUAUAUAACGAUAUCAUUGAAUUCAGUUAAGUGCUGCGUUCAGGGUUCUUGUCUGAUCUCUGAAGAACUGCUUGGCUACAAUGGCCUCUGGAGCUAGCAUUAGUCCAUGAGGCACUCCAGGAUAUAGCUCCAUCUGGCAGUCCACCCCGUUCUCCCGUAACUUCAC